AUGACGGAGCACGUCUGUAAUGGAAUGGCUGAUUGCCUGGUCAUUGACAGCUUGACGAUCGAAUUAAAAAGAACGUUUCUAGACGAAAUCUCCGACUUGAAUGGCAAAGAGAAAUUGAUGGAGGUAUUAGGGAAAUACAGGGCUACAAAGGAAAAUAGUAGUGAAGGCAAAUCCAAAAAAAACCACGUUACACUCGUUGGACCCCCUUGCGUGAUAAGAAGAAUAAAAAGCGAACUAAUUAAUCUUAAAAUGGAGUUAUUGGCUAAUGAUAAAAAAAAGGCGUCGAAAAAAGUUUCAAAUUUUGAUAUAUCAUUUUCAAACAUUGGAAAUGAUAGUAAAAAUAUUGGUGAUAAUGACAAUGAUGAUAAGAAUGACCAAAAUGGUGAUAAGAAAGGUCACGUAACUUCUAAGGAUAAAAAUGACGUCAAUAAUAUAUCAUCAUCAUCAUCAUCACCAGAAGAUAGCGGGAAAGAUAAUUAUAACAGUGGUAGUAGCGUUGCCAACGGUAAAUAUGAUGAUAAUGCGUCCAACAACUUAGCCAAAACAACAACUACUGAUUCAAACGACAACGUAAAUAAUUCACACUUGAACGCAUUUACGCCAUCAACCCCAACGAUUAGACAAAUUCUUCGGCCAGUCUUAGGGACAGAAAAAGGCAAAUCCCUAAAAUACACUCAAAACACUUCACCGGAAACAGUGCAACAAACUAAGAAUGAUCACACAGAUAGGGAAGAAAAUGCUUUGAAAUUUUCAUUACAGCAGGAGGCAUUUACAAAUUUUAGAGCACAACGUUCGGAACAUGAAAGUAAUUUACAAUUGCAAGCAAAAUUUUAUACUGGAACGAUAAGGUUCAAGUUUGAAAAGAAUUACAGUCAAAAUGAAUUUAACAUCCUUAACAAUUUAUUACUAGUCAAAUAUCCUUUCAUUACGAAAGUCGAUCAGAUUAUCAGCAAGACGUCAAAGGAGUUAGAGCUUUCAUAUGAUAGAGAAUCUAUAUUGAAUGAAUGCAAAAACUGUGAAAAUUUUUCAAAAAAAUCAUCAUAUUUACGGAAUAUCACAACGAAAUUUAAGAAAAAUGAAAUAACACCAAAAAAUGAGAAAGAAAUUGAAGUAGAAAUGAUAAGCCACUAUUUGAAAACUAAAAUAAUUAAAAAUAUUAAACUCAAUCAGACAUCAGUUAGUUUUAAAAUGAUUGGAAACACUUGCAAAGAACUUGUUGAUUUUAUUUGUGAAAUGAACAAAUAUAAAGAUGUAUACUUGGGAUAUGAUGAUCAAAAGCUAGAAUUAUUUAUCUACAGUUUAAACGAUAAUGGAAAAUGUGGGGAAACUGCGAGCUGGAUAAAAUCUUUGAUAAAAGAAAAUUCUAAAAUUGGGAAAAGUAGCAAAUAA